AUGAUUGAAAGGAACUGCUUAAAGCUAUGACAGAGGCACAGCACGAUGGCACCGCCCUGCAGCCAGUAGGUGGCCCCCGCCGCCCUCCAACCUUCACACAGGCACUGGCUCUUCUCCUUGUUUUUUUCCCCAGGGCUAAAACUUGUCAAUCUUUCCUCUGCAUUCAGUGACCUUUUAUUUAAGGAUGAUCAGGAAAUACGAUGAUGAGCAAAAUUAUAUAUUAAAACAAAACAAAACAAAACAAAACUUGAGAUUCUUCUGUGCCAAUAGUGGAAAGUAUGUGGGGUUUGGGCUGAAUCUGAUUGCAAAAGCAGGGCACAUCUCCAGUCAUCAUACUUGGGGAAAAUGGGAUUUGUGGGAGGCAGCGCAGAGCAGAGGGUGCCCAAGCAGCACUCCCUGCAGCCCUGCUCGGAGCUGGGUUUGGGUGUUCCUAAACAAUGGAAGUUGCAAAACAUGUGGCACCGCGUAUUAAAAAGGGAUUAGGAGAGGAGAACCACAACGAGCAGCCUGGGGCAGAGCCUCGGGGACCAGCACAGGCGUUUUCUGGAUUGCAGCCACUUACAGUCACUGCCAGCCAACCCAGAGAGGCAAUCCCAACUCACACAUAUCUGUUUGCAUCCUGGGAUGCCCCGGAUUGCAAGAGCAACCCUCCGCCAUUGACAGCCCAGGGGGUUCUGAGCAGUGCUCUGCCUCUGGAGGCACUGAGGACAGACUGGGACACGCACUGCCCUGACUGUGAGCUGGAGGGUAACGCAGCCAACAGUCUCUUUCACGUUCUAAAUCAUUUCUUCUCAGGUUUCUGAGGCUUGUGUUACACCCGAAAAGACUGGCGUUUAUUAAUUUACUCCCUUUGGGGCUGUUCAGAGUCAUAGGUAACAACAGCCUUAUUUGGGGUUUGUUGGUGUACUGUUGCCAUAAGGAUGCGAGGAGGAGCCGGUGGAUAAUUCCAGCCCAUGCCCAUGGAACCCUCCCCUGACACUGCUUGACACAAACAGCACAAAGCAGAGCUGGCUCCUUGCAAGACAGUCACGGGGCUCCUGCCUCUCUGAAGGGGACCCUCCCUCCCAGUCUGACUCAUUGGUGGCUGCUUUGCAUUCUGGAACGAAGUUUAUGUCCCUCCUAAAUAUAAUGAGAAGGUGGAUAAUGCAACCCACAAAACUCCAGACCAUGGUGGUAAUUAAGACACCCACAAGAUAAUUAAGCCCUAUAUAAAAAUAUAUAUGUAAAAAGUCAUUGCGAAAGUAAUUCCUUAUCAGUUUUAAAUUGUUGCCUUCCCGUAUCUCUGGCCAAGUUAAAACCUUGCUUUUCUAAUCUCCCUUCUUUCAGCACAUCUCAAAUCCCAUUGCAAAACACCACUGCCUCUGCCGUCAUUUAAUGGCCACAAACCCCAUGAACCCGAGCUCAUCCUUCUGCCCAUCACACACACCUGGGGCAAACCUGGCACAGAAUUUUCUCCAGGUCCCAUUCAAUGCUGUGUCCUGUGUCACGACAAAGCUCCCUGUUACCUGAUGGUCUUUUCCCCUUCUUCUUGUUUAUUGACUGAAAAUACACCCCCAAACUUCACUCUUUCACUCUUUACAUUCUCACUUACUGUAAACUUCCUUCUUCACGUGAAGGAUCAUUGCAGAGCAGUGACCUGAGCUAAGCACAAUGUACCCUGAGGGUACUCAGCAUUACAGGGCAUGUCUCUGCUCCCUGCUCAGCCAGCAUGCAGUCCAAAGUCUGAACUGGAGCAUUUUCUCUUUCCGCAGCCAAAGAAGGACCCAGCAGCAGGACAUGGGGCAGGAAGGGGCAGCUGGAGCCCUCUUAGAGAAUAAUUAGGAUAAGCUUCACAGAAUCACAAUUCCUAUGGUUUGAAACAGUGUUGUGAACAGCCAGAAAGCUGAAAGGGAAAAAGUGUUAUUUUUGGCAGGAGGUCUUUAUGGCUGAUGCAGGAACUUUCUCCUUGGUUAUUCAUUGUCUUGUCAAGACUCAUAAAACAGCCAGCAGAGCCCAGCAAAUACUUUUCUUCAGUGUUCUGGGAGCUCAGAAAUGCAGGAAUUAAAUGUGGCCUUGAACCCAUUUUAUGGACUCACUUCUUACGGAGCUACCAUAAAACAUUAAAAAUCAGAGCUUAUAAAUAAGGAGAGGAAGCGCUGCACAUUUCUUUUCAGAAGCCACCUCUCUGAGACUCUUCCCAAGGUAAGUCAGGGAUGGACAGAGAGUGAGAGACAAUGAUCUCAGGCAGCAGAAAUUAAAUACAAAAAUAUCCCCUUGAGAAAAGCAAGACAUUGGCUCAGUUUAUGCCCUGGUGAUCCUCACCCAACGCCACCAAAGGCUCCCAACAGCUGCAGUCAGUGCAGUGACCCUGCCUCUCUUUGGCAGGCACCAGCUGGGCUCCCCAUGAUGGCACAGAGAAGCAGACUCACAGCCUCCUGCCAAGUGCACAUCCUCGUGCUUUGCUUUUUGGUACACGUAGCCACAGGUGUAGAACUGUCUGUCAAUAACCACAACGAUGACUUCACUCUGACCAUAUCAUCCGGGUCCCUCGCCUCCCUGUCCUGCCUAGCACAGAACAGCAGCCAAGCCGAGGAGCUGCUCUGGUACCGAGGAGAUGGCCGUGUGGAUCUGAAAGAUGGGAAUAAAGUGAACAUCAGCAACAUCUGCAUCUCUCCAGUCUCUGAGUCUGACAAUGGCGUUGCCUUCACGUGCAGGCUGGUACGGGACCAGUCCGUGCAGGUCUCGGUGGUCCUGGACGUCCGCUUUCCUCCCUCCGUGGGUGAAGAUGAGUCCAUCUAUAUUGAAGAAGGCAAAGACGUCACUCUGACCUGCAAUGCCAAGUCCAACCCUCAAGGCCAAACAACGUGGUACAAGAACAACACCAUCCUAACCCUACAAGACCACUACCAGGUGUACCAGACCAGUGAGACCUUCCAGCUCUCUAUCAAGAAAGUACAGAAGUCUGACAACGGGACCUACACUUGUGAGGUGAAAUCUUCCUGUGGAGACAGCAGUAAGGAUUUCCACCUGAUAGUUGAAGAUAAAAAACUUGUUUUUCCCAAGGAAGCUGUUAUUGCUGCUGUUGUGGUGGUUGCACUCACUGUGCUUUUUGGAAUCGUGGCUCAAAAAGAGAAAAUAUUUAAGGUAUGGAAAGACUCAGUUUCUUAAGAAAAACAGAGUGCUUCAAUGUCCUUUUGUUUUCUACCUCUUCUAUGCUGCCUUGUAGUGCUGUCUUCCAGUGUUAGAGAGCCAUUGUGUAGUAUCACCUCCUUGAGAAUUACUAGCAUAUAAAUCAAAUAUCAGGUAUUUUAAGGGAGUGAGUUACACGUGUGCAAGAGCUCAGUAGUAACACUUCCACGGGCAGAAAACACGAACGGUGACAGGACUCUCUCUUUCUUUUCAGUGCUUCAAAAAACCAAGCGAAACAGCCCUGUAAGUAUCUGACUGCACAGCCACAAAGCUUCCCAGAAUAAAGGCCUGAAUGGAACCCCUUCUUUAAGCUCUGGCAGAACAUGAAAGCACUCACACACUGCCCUGCUGUGCCGCAGCUCCGGAUGGCUGCCGUCACCCUGCCUCACAGCUGCGGGGCCGGGACGUGGGGACACAGACAGCAGGCACAGGGCAGGGACACGGUGUGAAAAGCAAAACACUCUGUGCAGGGGGGAAAACCUCACCGUGCAGCCACAGCUGUUGGGAGCUGAAUUCAGUUCAGCCGUUGGCUUCUUUUUUUUUUCCUUUUUUUCCCCAUACAGAGUGAAUUUCCACGUCAUUCCCUUUUGCUUGCAGGUGAAGAUGGCACGGAAGCUUUGCACACCCAGAAAACACCACACGAAGCGGUGGCACACCUGCACGAGAUUAGGCACCAAAACACAACUCCGGGCAGGGGCUUAGCAAAGCUUUGCGACAACACAAGCACCAUCUCACAAUGCUGGUUGUAACUCGCUGCUCACAACGCAGACCGGGGCAGGAGGCUGAGGGCCCGCCACACCCCGUCCCACAGCCGCCACAGAAGGGCAGCCCGGGGUGCCGUGCUGGUGGUGGCGGGGCAGCCUGCCUGCCUGCCGCCUUCAUCUUCUCGGGGCUUCCCCUUACCGCCAA